AAAAAAGUGUUGCGAUGUCAAAAUUUGCUGUACCUACUGGUGUAAUGUGAUCAAAUUUUCCGCUGGAACUAAUUAGAUAAAAUUACACUACUAAGUAGGUAAUCGAAUUUUACCGCUAUCAUAAUUUUAUCGUGCUCGUGGACAACACUAUCGAUUUAAUAAAUUAUCUCCGAAAAGAUACACCACUGACGCCACGGACGACUAAAGGAGUCGCCUAGUGAUGUGAAAAAUCGAUGUCAUUGAAAUCAUUUAAAAGGUUUUUUUUAUGUGUUUAUAUAUUUGAAUUGCAUUAUUUUUGGUUAAAAUCAAGUAAUAUGUAUUGUUUGAUGUUUAUGUGUGGUAACGGGAAAAAUUAAACAAGGAAUAAAUAAGGUUCGUUUUUUUUUUAAUAUUUUUUCGAUAACUAUUUACCCAACCCUAUCCUCAAAGUGCCGCCGUUUUCGCAAAAAGUACCCGUGGCGUCGGUGACACGUUUGUCGGUUUUGCUUAUGGCGGUCAAAGGGUUAAAGUCAUCUUCGGCUAUCUCAACGGGAAGCAAUUCGAUACGACGUAAUUUUUUGCCAUUUCUAAUAUUUUUAAUGUUUGAAUUAAGCGGUCGUCCUCUGCGAGUUGGUGUAAAACCUCUGCUAUCUUCCUUCAUUAGAAUGUCUGCCACCAUUAGUUUAAAAUCCAGCAAGGGCAUGUACAAUUCUCCCUUUUGUUUAGAUCUGCGUCGCCAUAAUAUCCAACUAUUGACACAGGUUAGGUCAAUAAAAUGGAAAAAUAACCUGUGAUACCACUUUUUGCUUCGGAUUUUAAUUCUGUAAAAACGAAGCAUGGAAUCCAGCAAGACCACACCACCCAUAUAAUAGGGGAUAUGCAUAAAAUUUUAAAUGGCCUAAAGUAUUUUUUUCUCGAAUACUUAUUACCGUCAUAUUAUAUUUGUCCCAAAUAUAUUUAUAUUUAUAUUUUAUAAUCGAAAGGUUUUUUUUUCAUUUACUUAUUAUUUAAACCCCUAAAUUAUUAUCCAAAAAGUGCAAAAUAACGGCGCGAAAUUCAAGAUAGCAAAACGCGCCACCAUUGGUCGAACAAAAUGUGACGUCAUGCGGCACAACAUUGAAUUUAUCGGUAUCGAAGCUCCUAUUGUGUAGUGAGAAAAAUAUUUAAAGUUGUUUUCUUGUGCUGAUUGUAGUGGAGUUUAGUUUAGAUUAGUAGUAAAUGUAGAACGAUGACUGAAGCUGGUUUUGUCAAAGCACAAUCGGACAAUCUACCGAAAAUAGAUGCAUUUAUGAUGACAUCAUAUUUUGCAUCAAAUCCCGAUUUUACGAGCGCAGAGAUCAGAGGAGUGAAAGCUGCAAGGUCUACACGAGAAUCUUACGGUGAUUCAGCAGUUGGAUAUGUCCAAGUAAAACGAGAUGGAGACAUAUGUGUUGUUAAGGCUCGGAUUACACCUAAGCAUAAUGUACGACAAAAAUGUUAUGCUGUAAUUUGCACUUGCAAUGAAACAGAAGAAACUAUUCUCUCUGUUCAAUGUGAGGAUUGUGCUGCACAUUUAGGUGGAUGUAAGCAUUCUAUAACUUUUUUAGCAUGGCUACAUCGGCGUAGUGAAGAUCUAUCAACAACAAGCAUUGAGUGUUAUUGGAAAAAAUCCAAAUUAUCAUCGGUUGGUACUAGCCAGAAAAUUAUAAAAGCUAAAGAUAUGUAUACAAAAACACCUAAACAUGACCUUGUGCCAACAUCUUCGAAUAGUGAAAGCUUUCUCACGGUUGUGAAAAAUAAUUGCACUUUGGUUGGUGAUAUAAACAAUCAUUUAAUUAAGUUUUAUACAGCGCCCAGCACAGUGGAAAAAUUGUCAAUACACCAUCUUCUGUCCACAAGCACAGCUACAAACCCUGCUGAUUUUAUAGAAUAUUGCCAAACGAUUAUGACAGCAGAUGCAUGCAAAGAAGCUGCAAUAGCUACUUUAGACCAAAAUGAUUGUCCAUUGUGGCACGAGUUGAGAUAUGGAAGAAUCACAGCUUCAAAAGCUUAUGAAGCUGCUCAUUGCCAAACUAUUGAUGGAACAUUAAUGGAGACCAUUUUAGGAGCAUGUAAAUUGAAGGACACGGAGGCUAUGAAAAGGGGAAGAUUGUUGGAAAGUCAGGUUUUAAAGGAAGUAGAAAAAAAAUGUAAUAUAAAAAUAGAUAAAUGUGGAUUAAAGUUAAGUAGUACAUAUCCUAUUAUGGGUGCUUCUCCAGAUGGUGAAAGUAGUGUGUAUAGUAUAGAAAUAAAGUGCCCAACAUCAGUAAAAGCAAUGGGACGAUAUAUAAGCUCAGAAAAUAAAGUGACUGCCAAAUACAUGGCACAAGUGCAACUGCAGAUGCAUUUUUCUAAUAAAGUAAAGGCACUGUUUUGUGUUGCUGAUCCAGAUUUUGAAAAAACUAAAAAAAUAUUAAUCAUAGAAGUCAACUACGACCAGCAACUAUGUGAAAAUUUGUUAGAAAAAUGCAACAUUUUUUGGAUUAAAGCCAUCUUUCCUAAACUAUUUAUGAAUAGAUAG